AGGCAGCUCUCCGCAGGCGCUGGCGGGGCGCAUCCUUGCUCCAAAGAACUGGAGGAGCUCUGUCUGGUCCGGUGUGAGAUCCCUCCGGGCUUCCCAGCUGAAGCCAAACACCCCGCGCGGCCAGGAGCGAGGAUGGAGUGGCUGGUAUUGAGGAGGCUCUUCUGUCAUCUGUCUACCUUCCAACUGAUUUGGUUCUUGGCUGCCAUGAUGUUAUGCAGGGCACAAGUGGAGACCCAAGAUGUAAGAGAGUUGCUGAACACACCUGCUUCUUUAAGAUGCUCUCUGCAAAAUCCCCAGGAAGUUCUGAUUGUGACAUGGCAAAAAAUCAAGGCUGUAAGCCCAGAAAACAUGAUCACCUUUAGCCAGAACCAUGGGGUUGUGGUCCAGCCUGCCUAUAAGGACAAGAUAAACAUCACCCAGCUGGGACUCAUGAGCUCAACCAUUACCUUCUGGAAUACCACCUUGGAAGAUGAAGGGUGUUACAAGUGCCUCUUCAAUACCUUUGGUUCUGGGAAGAUCUCAGGAAUAGCCUGCCUCACUCUCUUUGUACAGCCCACAGUAUUCCUUCACUAUAAAUUAUCUGAAGACCACCUAAAUAUCACUUGCUCUGCCAAUGCUCGCCCAGCCCCUAUGAUCUCCUGGAAGGUCUCUGGCUCAGAGAUUGAGAACAGUACUGAGAUUCUCUCACACCCCAAUGGGACAACGUCUGUCACCAGCAUCCUCCAGAUCAAAGACCCCAAGAGUCAGGUGGGGAAGGAUGUGAUCUGCCAGGUACUGCACCUGGGGACUGUGACCGACUACAGGGAAACUGUGAACAAAGGCUUUUGGUUUUCAGUUCCACUACUGUUAAGUAUUGUUUCCUUGGUAAUUCUUCUGGUCUUAAUUUCAAUCCUACUAUACUGGAAACAUCGUCGGAACCAAGACCGAGAGUCAUAGAGGAGUCACACAGAACCCUGAAAGUUAUUCCCUGGUCUACUUGAAUCUGACUCAGGAGGCAAGCAGGAGAAAGAGGGUCAUUCUCCAAGGAACCUAAAAGAGCAAAAGAAGUUGGAGUCAAAGGCCUAAGAAUUUCAAGAUUUUCUACUGCCAUCUAGGCUACCCAAUGCUUCUGUGAGUUUCAAGAGGAAGUCAUUUUACCUCUCAGGUCUGUUGUAGGACUUGAUUUUGUAAAACAAUGCAGUGUUGUGCUGUUGAAAGGGUACUGGACUUAGAAUCAGGAGCCACUGCUCAGAGGCUGACUUGGACUCCGACUGGUGGCAACUCUAUGUUAAUCACUAUCUCAAUGAGCUUCCACGUUUGCAUACAGAAAAUUAAGGAUUUGGACCAAAUAAUUUGCCAUUCUGCUCUAAAACUGGUUGUAAUUCCAGGGGAAAAAAAAAGGAAUAAACAAAGAGAAAAGAAAUGAAAAAGAGAGAGAAGAAUACAGGAAGGUAGGGACCAAAGAACUUUUCUGAGACUACCUUUUGCCUUUCUGUGGCUAUUCCACCUCUUCUUCCCUUCUUCUUUGGUCCGUAAGUCUAUUUCCUCAUCACUUGGUAUCUAGUCCACGGCCUGCUUACUGUUUUGCUAAUAACUGGUCUUUCUAGAACCCUCAGUUUCACUGCUGUUCUUCAUGUACUUCUGUGAUAUUUACCACAGUGGAAGUGGAACUGAAUUUAUUGUGAAGUAACAUUGACAACCUUAACUUUACUUAUCUGUUUUUAUAGCAGACUAAAUAUUAUUAGUCUUAGCAGCUCGCAUUUUUAAAAAGGCAUGCAUUUCUUAUCCAUUUGUUUCAUAAUAUGACCCGGCCCUAUUUUAGUCAUUCUAAAUUCAGCCUAGUAUAAUGAAGACAUAUUUAGAAAAUACAGCAUUUAGAAAGUUUCCUGAAUAGCAUUCAGCUAAUUCAAAUGUUUUGUCUCUCCCAGCUUCUUUUCUCAUGAGUUAACUUCUCACAAUAGCAGAGAAAGCAUGUAUGGGUGUACAAAUCCCUUUGUUGUAAACACAUGGUUCUAACUAGUGGAACAAUUUUGAACUUUUAAAUAAUCAUAGGACCAAGUUGGUGACUUUUUCAGUAUCUUUUGCUUUCUUGUCUCUAUCCAGUGACCUAGGAACUAAAAACUAAAACUUAAGUUGUUUUCCCUGUUGAAUUGAUUAUUUAUAUAUUUA